AUGCCGUCGUCAAUAGCGCUCUGUCUGAGGACAGCAGGGACAUUCGCUCGAUCCUCGCCUAAGACUCAUGUCCUCCUUGCCCGAACAUUCACAACCACCCUCCGCCGCAGCAAAAUCAACAAAGUCUUCCCUUCCGCCUCCGAAGCCAUCGCCGACUUGCCCUCAAACUCCACCGUGCUAUGUGGAGGGUUUGGCCUAUGCGGUGUCCCCGAUACUCUCAUCAACGCCGUGAAAAACAAUCCCCAAAUAACCGGCCUGACAGCCGUGUCAAACAAUGCCGGUGUUGUUGGAUCGGGACUGGGCCUUCUGCUUGCUAGCAAACAGAUCAAGAAGAUGAUUGCUAGCUACGUUGGGGAGAACAAGCUCUUCGAGAAAAUGUACUUGACAGGGGAGGUAGAACUCGAGUUGACGCCGCAAGGCACACUUGCAGAGCGGUGUAGAUCUGGUGGUGCAGGCAUCCCGGCUUUCUAUACCCCCGCGGCAUUUGGUACGGUUGUGCAGACCGGCGAAUUGCCACUACGGCACACAGCGGAUGGAAAGGUAGCAGAAUAUGGCCCGGCUCGGGACGUAAAGGUGUUCAAUGGAAAGAGCUACGUCAUGGAGGAAUCCAUCAAGGGGGACUACGCUUUUGUGAAGGCAUGGAAAGCGGAUCGGUUAGGAAACCUCAUGUUUCGAUACGCUGCCAAUAACUUCAAUGGAGCCAUGGCCCGGAACGCCAGGGUUACCGUUGUAGAGGCCGAACACAUUGUCGAAGUGGGCGAGAUUGACCCCCUCUCCGUCCAUGUGCCUGGUAUCUACGUCGACCGCGUCAUUCAAAGCACGGAGGAGAAGAAGAUCGAGAAGGUGAUCAACGCUAAAGACCCAGGUGAGACGCUCGGUGCCGGCGAGACCGCCAGCAAGCGAGAACGCAUUGUCAGGAGAGCUGCGAAAGAGUUCAAGAACGGCAUGUACGCUAAUCUGGGCAUCGGUAUGCCUAUGCUUGCUCCGAGCUUCGUCGAUCCCGAUGUCGAGGUGCAAUUACAAUCCGAAAACGGCAUCCUAGGACUGGGACCAUACCCCCAGAACGGAGCAGAGGAUCCCGAUGUUAUCAAUGCUGGCAAAGAGACUGUGACGCUACUCCCUGGUUCCGCUACGUUCGGCAGCGAGGAGUCAUUCGGCAUGAUCCGGGCUGGCAAGAUCAACCUGACCAUCCUCGGGGCCAUGCAGGUUAGCGCACGAGGAGACCUGGCCAACUGGAUGUUGCCGGGUAAGAUCAAGGGCUUUGGUGGCGCGAUGGAUCUCGUGUCCAACCCCCAGAAAACUAAAGUCGUUGUGACGAUGGAACACACGGAUAAGAAGGGACGACCGAAGAUAUUGAAGCAGUGCGAGUUCCCGCUGACCGGCAAGGCUUGUGUGUCGAGGAUCAUUACCGACUUGUGUGUGUUCGAUGUUGACUUCGCGGAGGGAUUGACUCUCAUUGAGCUGGCUGAUGGCGUAACGGUUGAUGAAAUCCAGGCAAAGACAGAGGCGCCGUUCCGGGUUGCCGGUGAAGUUAAGCCAAUGUUGUAA